GGAGCGUCCAACCCGUUCCAGCACCUGGAGAAGAGUGCGGUGUUGCAGGAGGCCCGAGUAUUUAACGAGACGCCCAUCAACCCUCGCAAAUGUGCCCACAUCCUCACCAAGAUCCUUUAUCUCAUAAACCAGGGGGAGCACCUCGGGACCACCGAAGCCACCGAGGCCUUCUUCGCCAUGACCAAGCUCUUUCAGUCGAACGAUCCCACCCUGCGUCGCAUGUGCUACCUGACCAUCAAGGAGAUGUCUUGCAUCGCAGAGGAUGUCAUCAUUGUCACCAGCAGCCUGACAAAAGACAUGACCGGGAAAGAGGACAACUACCGGGGCCCCGCCGUGCGCGCCCUCUGCCAGAUCACCGAUAGCACGAUGCUGCAGGCCAUCGAGCGCUACAUGAAACAGGCCAUCGUGGACAGGGUGGCCAGCGUGUCCAGCUCUGCCCUGGUGUCUUCCCUGCACCUGCUGAAGUGCAGCUUCGACGUGGUCAAGCGCUGGGUGAAUGAGGCCCAGGAGGCGGCCUCCAGCGACAACAUCAUGGUCCAGAUGUGCAAGAGCGAGGGCAGGUUGGCAUGUGGCUCGUGUCUCCCCACAGUGCUCCAGCUGUUCUGCAGCUCACCCAAGGCCGCCCUCCGCUACGCCGCCGUCCGCACCCUCAAUAAGGUCGCCAUGAAGCACCCGUCCGCCGUGACAGCCUGCAACCUGGACCUGGAGAACCUGGUGACGGAUUCGAACCGCAGCAUCGCCACGCUGGCCAUCACCACCCUGCUCAAGACGGGCAGCGAGAGCAGCAUCGACCGCCUCAUGAAGCAGAUCUCGUCCUUCAUGUCGGAGAUCUCCGACGAAUUCAAGGUGGUGGUCGUCCAGGCCAUCAGCGCCCUCUGUCAGAAGUACCCGCGCAAACACGCCGUCCUCAUGAACUUCCUGUUCACCAUGCUGCGAGAAGAGGGCGGCUUCGAGUACAAGCGAGCCAUCGUGGACUGUAUCAUCAGUAUCAUCGAGGAGAACUCGGAGAGCAAGGAGACGGGGCUGUCCCACCUGUGCGAGUUCAUCGAGGACUGUGAGUUCACCGUGCUGGCCACCCGCAUCUUGCACCUCCUGGGCCAGGAGGGGCCCAAGACCAACAACCCCUCCAAGUACAUCCGCUUCAUCUAUAACCGAGUCGUCCUGGAGCACGAGGAGGUCCGGGCAGUGUUCCCUGGGUACCGCAUCCGGGGCCUGAGCGCUGACAGCCUUAAGACGCCUGCUGCCUCCCCCCGCCCCCUGAUACAGUGCGUGAUGGACGAUGACAACGAAGUGAGAGACCGAGCCACCUUCUACCUGAAUGUUCUGGAACAGAAGCAGAAGGCCCUCAAUGCAGGCUACAUCCUCAACGGUGAGCCCCUAGCUUUUUUCUCUGUCCCUUGUCCGGGAACACCCUCCCGGGACAGGGGCAGUUCAAGGCAAGAUGUUCCUGGCUGCACUUUGGCCUGCACGUUCAGCUGCGUGAUGAAGUUCACCAUCAAAGACCGCGACCCCAGCACUGGGGAGACCGAUGAUGAAGGCUACGAGGAUGAGUAUGUGCUGGAAGACGUGGAAGUCACGGUAGCCGAUCACAUCCAAAAGGUCAUGAAACUGAACUUCGAAGCCGCCUGGGAGGGGGUAGGGGACGAGUUUGAGAAGGAGGAAACGUUCACGUUGUCUACCAUCAAGACGCUCGAAGAGGCCGUCGGCAACAUCGUCAAGUUCCUGGGCAUGCACCCUUGCGAGAGGUCAGACAGAGUACCCGACAACAAGAACACGCACACCUUGCUCCUGGCGGUUUGUCUGGAGGUCGAGAUGCUGAGCGAACGUGGCCCGUGGCUUUCAGAGCAAUUGGCAGCGGUGCCCGAGUUCCGGGGUCUCGGGCCCCUGUUCAAGUCGUCGCCGGAGCCGGUGGCCCUGACGGAGUCAGAGACAGAAUACGUCAUCCGCUGCACCAAACACACCUUCCCGGAGCACAUGGUGUUUCAGUUCGACUGCACGAACACACUCAACGACCAGACCCUGGAGAACGUCACCGUGCAGAUGGAGCCCACGGAGGCCUACGAGGUGCUCUGUUACGUGCCUGCCCGGAGCCUGCCCUACAACCAGCCCGGGACCUGCUACACGCUCGUGGCGCUGCCCAAGGAAGACCCCACGGCUGGUGAGUCCUCACCCAGACGCUGCCCUGGUGUGUUCCGGGGUGGUCAUGACAUCCUGGUGCGCUCCCGGCUGCUGCUUCUGGAUACAGUGACCCUGCAAGUGACAGCCAGAAGUUCCGAGGAGCUGCCCGUAGACAUCAUCCUGGCAUCCGUGGGCUGAGGGGCCAGCCCGCCCAGGCCCCACUCCUACCCGUUUCCCACCCCCAACACCACGCGGAAGUCUGCGCCUUCCUCACGAAACCGGUGGAAACCCCUUCCCAAGCUUCUGCAUUCAAACACAAUUAGGAAUCAUUGCAAAAUUUUUUUUUUUUAAUUCUAGCCUCCAAUCCAGGAGUAUUAGGGGGUGACUUUUUUUUUUUUUAUUAGCGGAUUUUGGCUUGUCCUAAGUCUUGUCCUGCCUGCGAGGGGAAGGGUCGUUCUAAAUGAAUAAAAACAUUGGCACCUCCUCUUUGAGUUUUUCCCCAGAGAAACCAUC